CCGGAACUAGUUUCAAACAGUCACAUGAUGAAAACAACUCCCAGCGAUAUCGAAAGGAGGAUGCUUGGAUUUAUUAUUUGUUGAACUGCCUGAUUUACGCUCACAGAAAUAGAUCUAUGGAAGACUCAGAUAGAUCUAGAAUCUAGUUUAUUUUUAGUAUUUGAUACAACUGUUUAAUUUUGACCUAGACUGAAAGUUUUAAUAAAAAGUAGCUCUACAAUAUAUUAAUAAAAUAGAAUCGAUCUGUAGAAGACUAGAAGAGUGUAGUGUAGUAGAGUAGUAGAGUGAGUUCAGUGUAGCUUACUAAUGAUGAGUAAAAGUGAAAUUAGUUAAAUUAGUAAUUACUACUAGUAUAGUAUAGAUAGGCCUAUAAUAAUAGUUACUUACUACUUACUUAAGUAAUAAGUUGUUAAUUUAUAAAUUUAAACAUUUAAAAUUUAAACUAAACAACUCAAAAAAUCUAGACUAGCCUAAGGCCUAAAUCGAUUUAAAAGUAUUAAUUAGUAGGCCUAUUACUAUUAGAUUUCAAAAUAAAUAAUGACGAAUGUUCAGUUUGCACCGUUUGCAAGCUCCGUUGACCCAGGUUUCUGGCAAAAGCUGACAGAAAAGAAACUGAAUGAAUAUGGUCUUGACGAAAGUCAGAAAUCAAUCCACGGCUUUUUCACCAAUGGGAGUGCUCCAGGAAUUUCCCCACAGAUUACAGUGGAUUAUUCAGCUUUUAAUAGUGACUGGCGCCCACCAAGCCACCAUUUCUCUGCCCUUGGGACUCUGCACAACACAAACACCAUUGAGAAAUUUAAAGAGACUGACAAAAAGCUACUCAUAACCUCGCUUGGCAAGAAGAUGUGGGAGGACAUGAAGAAUGGGUCAGUGCUGCAGGAUCCUGAACAACUUUGUCAGUUUAUUCUGCUCACAUUUGCUGACUUAAAAAAAUACCACUACUACUAUUGGUUUGCCUUUCCAGCCUUUAAGUUUCCAGAGAAAAGUUUGUACAGUCAAGCACCUGUGUGUUUACUAGAGAAGUACUCACCUGACAAGGUAGCCUCACUGAUUUGUUCAUACGAUACAUUUCAAUCAAGUCGCCAGAGUUAUGCUACUUUCUUUAUCUUACAAGACUGUGGUGACAGUUUCAGGAUUUUAGAGUUUUCUCACAUUGAAGAGCUGGUUGCGGAAUCAGCAAAGAUGAUGGUGGGAGUGUGUGACCCAAGCUCACUCGAUGGAUACCCUGGCUGGCCAAUCAGGAACCUGAUAACAUUUCUCUCGUACAGAUAUCAGGGCAGACUGGACAGUGUGGAAAUCAUCUGUGUAAGGGACAGAACCCAUGACGGCCUGCGGGACUUUGGCCAGAGCCUGGUAAUGACGGUGGAGCUGCCAGCGCGGGAGGACUUGUCUGAGUUGCCAGAAUGUGUUGGCUGGGAAAAAAAUGAACGCCAGAAGAUGGGACCCAGGAUGGUCAACCUGAGCAGCAGUAUGGACCCUGUCAGACUAGCUGAGUCAGCUGUGGAUCUCAAUCUGAAAUUAAUGCGCUGGAGGCUGUUGCCAGACCUAGAGCUGGAGAAGAUCUCAGCCACUCGCUGUCUGGUGCUUGGGUCUGGUACGCUGGGCUGUAAUGUGGCCAGGUUGUUGAUGAGUUGGGGCGUGCGGCACAUCACAAUGGUAGACAACUCCAAGGUGUCCUACUCCAACCCAGUCAGACAAACCCUCUUCACGUUUGACCACUGUCUAGAGGGGGGACAACCCAAGGCUCAGGCAGCCGCUGCUUCACUCAGGACAAUUUUCCCCGGCAUGAAGUCUGAAGGACUGAGUUUAUCGAUUCCCAUGCCAGGCCACACUGUUGCAGACUCUAUCCUUGAACAGACCAAGGCAGACGUCAAGAAGCUUGAGGAGCUUAUAGACUCCCAUGAUGCAAUUUUCCUUCUGAUGGACACACGGGAAAGUCGCUGGUUGCCCACACUAUUAGCUGCUUCAAGAAGGAAAAUUGUCAUCAAUGCAGCCCUAGGUUUUGACACUUUUCUUGUUUUGCGUCAUGGAAUUAAAACAGAUGUUGAAGGUCAAAAGGUCGCGCCAAUUAUGCUGGAUAGAAUACCUGGCAACUUACUGGGCUGCUACUUUUGUAAUGAUGUUGUAGCCCCUGGCAAUUCCACCCGAGACAGGACCCUGGACCAACAGUGUACAGUGACCAGACCUGGCAUCUCUAUGGUGGCUUCAGCUCUAGCUGUAGAGCUGUUGGUCUCACUGAUACAGCACCCACAGGGGGCUGAAGCUCCAGCAGAUACCAGCGCCAAUGAUGACCAUCUUGUUAGAGACUCUGACUGUUCUCUGGGCAUCAUUCCCCAUCAGAUCCGAGGUUUCCUGUCCAGAUUCCACCAGAUCCUCCCAGCUAGCCGAGCAUUUGACAUGUGUACAGCCUGCUGUCCAAUUGUGUUGGAGAGAUACGAGCGUGAGGGUUUUGACUUCCUGCUGAAGGCCUUCAAUGAGCCGGGGUAUCUGGAGGAUCUGACAGGCCUGACAGCCAUGCAGGACGCCACGCUGGACGCAGAGGACUUUUAAUCUGACCACAGGUCUGGGGUUUGAGUGAUGAGGAUGAUGCGUGCAGCGAGGCAGGCAGUGUGGACAUGGAAACUUAGUCCAACUAAUAAUCUGUCGAACACAAAUAAUCUGUCAAUCAAAUAUUGAUUAUAAGAUGUCAAAGGCCAAGGACCUAAAGACAUUGAUCCCUCCAUUGAUUGUUGACCAGUAGCUUCUCCUGCUCUCAGGCAGAUGUGGGGGUCAAGGCUGAAUUUAUGUUGAAUGUUUGGUUAGAAACUUGUAUAUUUAUGUUGAAUGUUUGGUUAGAAACUUGUAUAUUUAUGUUGAAUGUUUGGUUAGAAACUUGUAUAUUUAUGUUGAAUGUUUGGUUAGAAACUUGUAUAUUUAUGUUGAAUGUUUGGUUAGAAACUUGUAUAUUUAUGUUGAAUGUUUGGUUAGAAACUUGUAUAUUUAUGUUGAAUGUUUGGUUAGAAACUUGUAUAUUUAUGUUGAAUGUUUGGUUAGAAACUUGUAUAUUUAUGUUGAAUGUUUGGUUAGAAGCUUCUAUUUGAUGAACCUGUAGUAGUUUAUUUCUUUUUAUUGGCUCUUAAAAUAAAAUAGAAAAUGUGCCAUCAAGUCAACCUUUUAUAAUUAAAACAUGUCAUUAAAAGUCUUCAAAAUGUAUGUACUGAGUGAAUGUCAUUAAAAGUCAUCAAAAUGUGUGUACUGAAUGAAUGUCAUUAAAAGUCAUCAAAAUGUGUGUACUGAAUGAAUGUCAUUUAAAGUCAUCAAAAUGUGUGUACUGAAUGAAUGUCAAUGUGUGUACUGAAUGAAUGUCAUUUAAAGUCAUCAAAAUGUGUGUACUGAAUGAAUGUCAUUUUGCAACCACUGAGAUUAACCUUAACCCUAGGUGAUCUUUACAGCUGGAUUAUUUCCCCUUGUGUUUUUUGGAUAUAGUGUAGUCUGAGUAGCCUUUAAGAUUAAAUGUGCUGCUUAGAUUGAAAUACAACUGGUAGAAAUAAUUCUUACAUUUUCCUUUUUUAAAUGACCAAUACUUGACUUGUAAAGUUUGAUUUUCUUAUGUUAAAUGUAUUUCAAAGCUUAAUUAAAGUUCUGAUUUUUGUUUUAAUAAUUUUGUAGAUGUAAAAUGUGUACCUUUUUAUGUGUAUCUUCUUGUUAGUUGGUUGAUUCAAACAUUAUGUACAAGCUGAUUGGUUGAUUCAAACAUUAUGUACAAGCUGAUUGGUUGAUUCAAACAUUAUGUACAAGCAGAUUGGUUGAUUCAAACAUUAUGUACAAGCUGAUUGGUGGAUUUGCUGUCACUUGUUUCACCAUUCCACUUUUAGCAAGGCUCAAGUAACUAUCAACCCUAGGCAAUCAACAGUAGGCAAUCAACAGAAGACUAUCAACAGUAGACUAUGAACCCUAGGCAAUCAACACUAGGUUAUCAACCCUAGGCUAUCAACACUAGACUAUUUCAACUUGAAAUGUUUAACAUGUGUUUAGUGUUUUGAUGUGUUUAAUGUUGAUUUGUUUAAGAUGUGUUUAAAAUUAACUGUUGCUUGGAUACACGUUCAUGAAGUCAUUGAGCUGAGAUAGCAAGCUGUUGUAUUUUUUGGACAGCACUUGAAUUACUUAGCACACAUGUAUCAAGGACAGCCCUGUCAGACACUUGAAUUCCACACAUCAUCUAUCACUGCUCUCUGUUUUCAUCUGUGUGAAAAUCUAGUGCUUGACCCAAGCCAACCUAGCCCAACUAAAGUGGGCUCUGUUCUCUGUUUUCAAUGGCUAGAAUAAAAAAUUGUUAAGCUG